CGUCACACUACUAAGGCGGUCGACAGGACAGCUAUUCUUAAAUUUUCAAUUUUAAGCAAUAUUUGGACACCGUGCAAACUAAAAACGUAAGAUACACAUUCGAGGCGUUAAUGUGGUGUUAAAUCAACCCGCUGUAGCACCAACAGUGAGUUAAAGUUAAAAGUAGCGUCAUUUGUCUCAACCUCGUCUACGGACGGAACCUGGUGCGAACAGGAAGCGGUACGUGUCUCUGCACGGAGGGGAUGGAGAUAGACUGCCAGCCCAAGGACCCAGUCGUCUCUUUGUUUGACAAAGACAGCGUGGACCUUGGUGACGUCAAGGACAUGAGAUUGGAGGCGGAGGCUGUGGUCAACGAUGUACUCUUUGCGGUCACUGAAAUGCACGUGUCACAAAGUCUUGGCAGCGCGUUAGAUGUGGCCUACAUAAAUGUGGAAACGAGAGAGGGAAAUCGCUAUUGCCUCGAGCUGACGGAAGCAGGACUGAGGGUGGUGGGCUACGCCUUUGAUCACGUGGAUGAGGACUUGAGCACCCAGUACCACGAGACUGUUUACUCUCUCCUGGACUCACUCAGUCCAGGUUACAGAGAAGCCUUUGGGAAUGCUUUGCUCCAACGGCUGGAAAGCCUGAAGCAGAACGGACAGUAGAUGCUGUUGCAGGAGAAACAGGACCAGGAUUGGAUUUGAGCCAGAUAUAGCCCCGUUUGGUGAAAUGCUACAACAUAUUUAGUCAUGUUUCCGCUGGCCGAGUGACUAAAACAAGCAUUCCUCGCACUAUACAGCUUUAAUUUUCAUAUCAUUCAGUAACUUAAUGUCAAAGUUUUUUUUCUUGUUCUUUCUCAGACAUCGUUGAGCAGAGAAAAGAAUCUGGUAUUGUGAAAUACCAGAACUCAUUGUUCUUCCUGUGAUGUGGCUGCUGCUCAAAACUGUCAGCUGUCUGAAAUAAUAGUUCCUAUUCAGGUGGAAGCCAAAGCUGUUGUGUUCCUUCUGUGUCACAUGUUGCCUUAAUGAUCAGCUUCUGGUUGGAAAAGUACAAAAACACUGACUUAUUUUUUUGUUUCUAUCCUCAUCUUGUAUUGAGGUGAGCUGAUGAACACACAGUUGGAAUGUAAAUCAAACACUUGCCAUAAAUUAAUCUGACGUAUUCAGAGUCAAGUUUUGAAUAACAUGUUUCCGAUUUUUGGAGAGGUAGACAGUUUCAAAAAUGGAUGUUUUUUUUUUUGUUUUUUUUCCAUCCAUAUCGCACUGCUUCAGAAGCUAUCCUUGCAGGGAUAAUUUAUUUUAAAGGUGUGUAUUCUGGUCAGAUUGCAUAUAAUUUGCUUGAGGGUUUGUAAGAACAGCUGUGAGACAUUGUGUUGUCAUAUGUGUGAUAUUGUUUUCUGUCAGUUGUAUAAUAUGUCAACUUGCUUUUGUUUUUUGUUCAACCUGCAGUUCCUUUCUGCUGGUCUUUGCUCAGCCCAAUAAAUUUUUAAAAUGG